AUGGCCUGGGGCGGCAGCCAGAACCUCUCCACGCAGGGGCUGUUCAUCCUGCUGGGCUUCCCGGGGCCGCAGGGCCUGCACGUGGGGCUCUUCCUCCUCUUCCUGGUCAUGCACGUGCUUACGGUGGUCGGCAACCUGGCCACCAUCUCCCUGGUCGGGGCGCACCGGCGCCUGCAGACGCCCAUGUACUUCCUCCUCUGCAACCUCUCCUUCCUGGAGAUCUGGUUCACCGCGGCCUGUGUGCCCAAGACCCUGGCCACGUUCGCCCCGCGCAGGGCCAUCUCCUUCACCGGCUGCGCGCAGAUGUCCUUCGUCGUCUCGCUGGGCUGCGCCGAGUACUUCCUGCUGGCUGCCGUGCCUUACGACCGCCGCCCGGCCAUCUGCCUGCCACCGCGCUACAGCAGCCUCAGGACCCCCGGCCUCUCCGCCCGCCUCGCUCUGGGCUCCUGGCUGUGCGCCUUCUCCGCCGUCACCGUGCCGGCCACCCUCUCCGCCCGCCUCUCCUCCUGCGGCUCCCGCCUUAUCAACCACUUCUGGGACAUCGCGCCCUGCGUCGUGCUGUCCUGCAGCGACACGCGGGCCGUGGAGCUGGCGUCCUUGGCGUCCUUCCUCGUCAUCCUGGGCUCCUGCUUCAUCCCGCUGGUCUCCUACGCCUACAUCAUCGGCACCGUCUUCAGGAUUCGCUCCGCCGCCGAUCGGCACAGAGCCUUUUCCACCUGUUCCUCCCACCUCACGGUGGUCCUCAUCUGGUAUGGCUCCAUCAUCUUCCUGCUUGUGAGGACCUCAGUGGAGAGCUCGCUGGACCUGACCAAGGCCGUCACAGUGCUUAACACUGUUGUCACCCCGGUGCUGAAUCCCUUCAUAUACACCCUGAGGAACAAGGACAUCAAGGAGGCUCUGUGGAGGUGGGUGCAGGGGAUGUGAGCCCCUCGGAGACCACCCAGCAAGACUGGGACAUCUGACUGUCCCCUCUGUGGGAGCCAGUUCUCAGCAUCAUUCUCUCUGCAUGGACUGAAAACAGCACCCUGAUAUCGCAGCGUGGUCCGGGGCUCUUG